AUGAUACGGUUAAGAGAAGAAAUCAUGGAAGAAACAAAAAGAAUCGAGGACGUUGUACGUUCAUUCGCUGCACAAACUGUGGGCGCUGUUGUCCCAAGGAUAAGGCUAUUAAGAAAAAUAUCGGUCGAAGCUGCGGCUGUUCGUGAUAUUGGAGAAGCUUCUGCAUAUAUGCAGUAUGCUCUGCCGAAGCUCUACCACAAGCUACACUACUGCGUUGCCUGCGCAAUUCACAGCAAAGUCGUGCGUAACAGAUCCGAGAUGCUCGAAAGGACCGCAAUCCUCCUCCUCGUUUCGGUCAGCGUUCCGCUCAGGCCCGACCUGGAGUCCUGCGGACUCGUCCAGGAAUGGGGUUGUCCCUCGUUGUUGUAUUUUCAGUUUUUCUUAAAUCUGUAUAAUAUUAGUUCUCAAUAUAAACAUCAAGAUGAAGUGUUCUGCUUUGGC